CUCUACAUGAGAAUAUGGCCAAUGGCGUUGAAGACCUGAUUGGGAUCCCAUUCCCAAACCACAGCAGCGAAGUUCUUUGCGGCUUGAACGAGCAGCGCCACAAUGGUCUCCUCUGCGACGUUAUCCUCAUCGUCCAGGAUCAGGAGUACAGGACCCACAAGUCCGUCCUGGCGGCCUGCAGCCAAUAUUUUAAGAAACUCUUCACUGCUGGCACUUUAGCGGAUCAGCCCUACGUUUACGAGAUUGACUUUGUCAAGCCUGAAGCACUUUCAGCCAUCCUAGAGUUUGCCUACACCUCCACCCUCACGAUCACCGCCUCCAACCUCAAACACAUCCUCAACGCGGCCAAGAUGUUGGAGAUCCAGUGCGUCAUCAACGUUUGCCACGAAAUCAUGGAGCCUGUGGAGGAAGAGGAGGAGGAGGAGGAAGAGGAGAAGGAGGAGGAAGAGGAAGAAGAGGAGGAGGAAGAAGAGGAGGAGGAGGAAGCCGAAGACUUUGCGAGUCAGAACUUAACAGACGUCCAGGACAUGAGCUGUCACCAAAGUCCUUCGAAAUCUGACCUUAGCGAAGAAGUGUACACAGAAAGUCCAAGCGGGUUUCCCAAUCGCUUCCCAGCUAACAGCACUAAUGGCUCCCUGGGUGUAAUUAGAGACUUCUCUAUCGAGUCCCUGCUGAGGGAGAACCUCUACCCCAAAGCAAACAUUCCAGAACAGAAACCGACUCUGUCUCCGUUCGCACCCGACCUCUUCCCUCACCUCUGGAAUGGAGAAUUCAGCCCCUUCUCCCAAGUGGAGGAACAGCAGAUCGAUAGUGGCCCCUUAGACCUGGUGAUCCGGAAGAGGAAAAUCAAGGAGGAAGAGAAAGAGGAUCCGCUUCCGGGGCCCUUCCCCAACGACCUCUUCAAGGACAUGUUUGCCAACAGUCCGGCGGGUCACUUGGGACACAUAAAAGCCGAGAACGAUUACAGCGCUUAUCUCAACUUCCUCAGCGCCGCGCACUUUGGGGGAGUCUUCCCCCGGUGGCCGGAAGAGAGGAAGAUCAAGCCCAAGGCUUCGCAACAGUGCCCCAUUUGCAACAAGAUCAUCAUGGGGGCAGGGAAGCUGCCGCGACACAUGAGGACCCACACGGGAGAGAAGCCAUACAUGUGCAAUAUCUGUGAAGUCCGGUUUACCAGACAGGACAAGCUGAAGAUCCACAUGCGCAAGCACACUGGAGAAAGGCCCUACCUCUGUAUCCACUGCAAUGCCAAAUUCGUCCACAACUACGACUUAAAAAACCACAUGCGCAUCCACACAGGCAUCCGGCCAUACCAGUGCAAGUUCUGCUACAAGAGUUUCACCCGCUCGGACCACCUGCACCGCCACAUUAAGCGCCAGAGCUGCCGGAUCUCCCGGCCCAGGAGGGGGCGCAAGCCGGCCACCUGGAGAGCGGCGAGUUUGUUGUUUGCACAGAAUGGCCAACCGGACGAGAAAAACUUCCUGAUGCCGCCGGCUUUGGAAGAGAUGAGUCUCGGCGGCGCAGGGUUGUGCCUUCCUGGUCCCAGCCCGAAGCAUUUUAUGGACGGAGCCAAGAGCGCUCUGAGUUUGCAAGAGCUAGAGAGCCAGUUUGAGGAGACCCAAAUGAAGCUCUUUGGGAGGACGCAUCUCGACCUGGAGCGGAAUGGUGGGAUCUUCGCCUUUGCCCUGGGGCCCAACGACAGCCUUUCAGCACGCCCGUAUUUCUCGCUCCCGGACCCCUGGAGUACGGGGUUUAGCGGACUGGCAGGACUCAGCCACCUUGCUCCCAUUUCUGAAGCUAGCAAUUAAGUCAACGUCUGCCCAGUGGAUGUUUUUAGCCCUAGAAGGAUGUGCAAUCUUCAGAACUGCUAUGGAUCCCGUUUCCAAAAGAUCCCGCUUCCAAAGGGACCUUUCGACCAAGGACUAUUUUUCAGACCCUGAGACGAUGUGGGGAAUAAUACCGUCCCUGCAAACUGUUCCACCUUGUUUGUGUACCACCAAAAGGCAUCUUUACAGCAAGCGAAUUGUGAGAAGGGGGAAAGAACAAGCAAACUCGUCCAAAAUGGCAUCAGAUCCCCCCAAAUUCCUUUUUUAAAAUAUGUAUAUAUAUAUGUACAGGCACCUUUCUGAGCUACUGUUUUGCAGACAAUAGAUUCCUUCAGCAGGUUUUUUUUUUCUUUUCCAUUUUUGGCCUACGAUUUGGAGUCCUUGUAAAAUAUCCAAAGAUUCGGAGUACUGUAUGAUCUACACGUACUUGAAGCAAAAUGGGACGAUUUCUUUUUUUUUGUUACGUUUCCUGUUUUUGUCGGGAUGGGACGUGGUGGGGGAGGGUGGGAGAUCCUUUGGAAUUUUUUCUAUUUAUAACUAUUUUUAUGUGAUUGCUUUAUGUUAAAAAAAAGAGAGAGAAUGAGAGAGAGAGAGAGAGAGAAAUCCACAUAAAACAGAUUUGCCUUAGUUAAUUACGGGACAAUCAUCCUUAACUUUCGUGGAAGUUAUAGAUUUUUUUCGUUGUUGCUUUGAAAGAUAAGAAAAGUUACUUUUACAUAUUUAUUAAGCAGUAUUAAUUGAUUUUUUUAAAUUAUUGGCAAUAUGCAGGGCUCCUUUACCGCACGUUGCUAAAACAAGAUCGAGGCAACUGGAGAAAUGCUUUGGCAGAAAACUCGACAGGGAAUCCUAGCCAAUCAAAGCUGUCUGAUGACUAUACCUGUAGGACAGUAAUGUUUGCAAACAUGGGCUUCUUUUUUCAGACCUUACAUUUGGGGGGUAUGCACUUAAAACGUUCCAAUUCACGCCUGAUGUGCAAAAGAAGCACCAACGAAUUCUGAAAUUUCAGCCUGGUGAAACCUACAUGUUCCGUUGAUGUUUAAAUGCCAUUCUGAUUCAAACUGGACUGUUUUCAAAGGCUUCUCAAUAUGACUUUGCACCUUAUUAGACUGUUGAUUGUUAAAAGGGAACAAUGGAUUAUUGAUGGUUAAGGUUGAUUGCCCCCGAAGAUCUCAUUGGGGUUAUGUGUUGACUGUUGGAUGGCUGAGUUGGUUUUCUAGUGGACGGAAUAUUCCAGACUUCGACACUCUUGCAAGUUUCCUCAUCCUCAAGCAGAGGUGACCGGUUGCUGGAAUUGUGCACUUAAUAGCAGCUCUGUGUGGAGAGAUUGUCCUCAUAUUGGCCAGUUGCCUUCUGUAAUCAAGUGCAGAGAAUUGCCCAUGGAAUUUCGCAUCUACAUUCCUAAAAAGUUGUUUUCAUUUCUU